AUGUCGAGUAAUCAGGAGGGAAAUGGAAAAGAGGAAGAGGAGCAGGAACAAGAGCAAGAGCAAGAUACUCGGCCAGUGGGGUUUUGGCAUCGGGAUUUAAAUGGUGUGAGGGGGUUUGUGGUUAAGAAGUGGAUUUUUACUACCAUCAUCCUCUCCGCCGCAAUCCUUGCCAUCCUCUCCAUCUACUGGGGUGCCCUCUUUCACGUAGAGCAAAACCUCUCCUCAUUAGUAGUAUGGGUAGUAGAUUUCGACGCACAAAUUGCACCCUACACAGAUACAACUCCUAUCGUUGGACCGGAAAUUUUAAAGGCUGCCGAGGCUUUAAUUGCUCCUAGUGGUGCGUUGGGAUGGGGAAGUUUGCCUGCUAGUGAUUUUGGUUUUGAUCCGAUGGAGGUUAGGAGGAGGGUUUAUGAUUUUAAGGCUUGGGCUGCAAUAAUAAUCAACGCAAAUGCAACGGCACUUCUUCAAGAUGCAGUGCAGAAUGGAAAUACUACCUUUGAUCCCCUCGGCAUCGCACAAAUAAUCUACGUAGAAGCUAGAGAUGAAACCACCUACGCCAAUUACAUCACACCACAAUUACUUCAAUUUCAAUCAACCGUCACUAGCAUGUUUGGUCAACAAUGGACUUCACGAGUACUGGAACAAGCCGCUACAGAUACUUCAAUCCUGACGAAUAUACGAAAUAAUCCUCAAGCAAUCUCACCUGCUAUUGGCUUUUCAACAUUUAAUCUAAGGCCUUUUGCACCACCUGUCGCUACACCAGCUGUCAGCAUUGGUCUCAUUUAUUUAAUCAUUAUCUCCUUCUUCUCAUUCUCAUUCUAUCUUCCUGUUCAUACCAAAUAUAUCACACCUGAAGGACAUCGUCCUAUGCAUUUCUAUCAAUUAAUUAUUUGGCGCUGGUUAGCAACUAUAGUCGCUUAUUUCUUCCUAUCACUCUUCUACUCUUUAAUCUCUCUCGCAUUCCAAAUCCCGUUUUCAUCAGGACAAAAGAGUAUAACAAUGGUUGAGAAUCAAGCUACAGCUUACGGAAAGGGUACCUUUGUAGUAUUCUGGAUGCUAAAUUGGGUUGGUAUGGCAGCAUUAGGAAUUGCAUGUGAGAAUGUUACUAUGAUUAUUGGACAACCGUGGACAGCACUUUGGUUGGUCUUUUGGGUUAUUACAAAUGUUUCGACAAGUUUUUAUCUGAUUGAUUUGGCACCGAGAUUCUUUCAUUGGGGAUAUGCAUGGCCAUUGCAUAAUAUAGACAAAUUCUUUUCGAUCUUCAUUCAAGAAUAG